AUGUGCAAUGCCGAUCCGAUUGAAGAAGGGGCAGCCAAAUCGACGGAUCACAUAAACAAUGCUGACUUUUAUCAAACUAGAAUUCCAGUCGGAUCGGGGGGAGGACAGCUCUUCCGGUCGAGCUGUGGAAACAACUACACUUUCAGUCAUUCCAUCGCCUCAAGCGAUCCAGACUGGCCACGUUGUUGUGCUCACUUUUGCGUCAUUUGGUGCACGCUCGAGGGCCGUGUCAGGAGCCCAGUGACAAGGUGGACCAACUGCCUCCUCCUUUUCGGAGCAGGUCGACUUUGGGAGCGACAUGGAGGCUUCUUCGUAGCCCAACACUUUCACUCGAAAUGGAAAAGAGCACUCGUCUGUCGACCAGGCUUUGUGCGAAAGAUACGCAUUGUUCUCUCCAGCCAUGACAACCGUCUCCUCCUUCGGAUUCGGACAGGAUGGCUCGCCCUUCGGUUGACGGGGCAACAAUCAGCUCCAAAUGCUCCUCAUGCCGCUAUCCCCAGCCCGAACGACGGCGGCAGCUCAGUCUCGUCUCGAGUCUGUCGAGUGAUCCUAAGCCCGAAUUGGGGUUGCACGGCGGGAUCUGGCGGAUCAGGAUCAAGGGCUAAGCAGCAAUGUCACUGA